AUGAGCAAUGAGCCAAGCAUUAUUCUUCAUAAGUAUUAUCAACCAGGAGAACUCAUUAUUGGUGGUGCAAUUUCUCAGUUUUUCCUUGCUGCUGAAGAGGCCAAAUUCACAAGACAUCCCUCUCAGGACAUGACUGAUUUCAUAUUACUGACUCAGGCUUACCAACAUGUCUUAGCUUUGGUGUUUGCUGUGAAGGAGAUUAAUGAAAAUCCCCAGAUCUUAACUAAUGUCACCCUAGGCUUCAGCAUCUACAACACUUAUUUUAGUCCAAGAUGUACUUCUGCAGCCACAAUGGAAUUAAUCUCUACAUCAGGCAGAUUUAUUCCUAACUACAAAUGUGACAUCCAGAACACUUUGGUAUCUGUCAUUGGGGGACCGAGUUGUAAUGAAUUCCUGGACAUGGUUACUAUCCUGAACAACUACAAAAUUGCACAGCUUGCUUAUAGCUCUGCUCCUGAGAUGAAAACUCAAACACAUUCUCCUUUCUUCUAUUGGAUGUUCCCAAAUGCAAUUCACCAGUACAAGGGGAUCCUCCAUCUUUUACUGCAUUUUGGAUGGACCUGGAUUGGGGUGUUGUAUCUUGAUACUGGCAGCGUGACAGACACAUUGCUAAGGAAUGUGCUUCCCAUGUUUUCCAAAGGUGGCAUUUGUUUUGAUUUUGUAUCAAAAUUGGCUGCGGGAUUCCUUGAUAAUUUUGAUGAAGUGGUGGAAGCAGCUGGGGAAACUGUCCAAAUUCUCUUGACCUCCACGGCUAAUACAGUUAUUAUUCAGGGUGAAUUUCAGAUUCUGUUUAAUGUAAGGAGUCUCCUGAAAGUGGCAGAAGCUGCUUUAGAAAGCCCCCAGUAUUUCAAAGUCUGGAUUACGACAGCUGACGUGGAUUUCACCUCUGUUCCCAUACAAAGAAGCUGGGACCUAAAUUUUCUUCAUGGUUCGAUAUCUUUGGCAAUGAAUUCAAAUGAUGUUUCUGGAUUUUACCAAUUUCUUGAAGAGAGGAACCCAUCAUUGGUGAAAAAUGAUGACUCUUUGAGAGAAAUCUGGCAACAAGCAUUUAAUUGCUUCUUCCCCAGUUUUACCAGUGAAAUGACAGAUGUGGACAUCUGCACUGGGAAGGAGCAGCUAGAGACCCUCCCUAUGACUGUGUUUGAAAUGCAGAUGACUGCUCACAGCUACAGUGUCUACAAUGCUAUCCAUCACUUUCUUAGAUGUGUGUCAUUUAAUGACAGCAGCGGAUCAAUUAUUUCUUUUGAUAAAAGUGGUGAAUUAAUAGGAAAGUUUGACAUCAUCAACUGGAUCACAUUCUCAAACCAGACUUUCCUUAGAGUCAAAAUUGGAAGGAUAGACCCACAGGCAUCCUUAGACCAACUGUUGUCUAUUUCUGAAAAGAACAUUGUCUGGCCAACCCAGUUUGGACAGGCCCAGCCCCUUUCCUUGUGCAAUGAUAAAUGCCAUUCAGGCUAUAGAAAGACCAAGAAAGAGAACAAACACUUUUGCUGCUAUGAUUGUAUUCUAUGUUCAGAAGGGAAGAUCUCAAACCAGACAGACAUGGAUGAUUGUCUUCUGUGUCCACCUGAUCAUUAUUCAAAUAAAGGCCAUGAUUCAUGCAUUCCCAAAUACGUAAGUUACCUAUCUUAUGAAGAAAAUCUGGGCAUUGGGCUAAGCACUGUGGCUUUUGUGCUUUCCUUCAGCACAAUUUCUGUACUUGGAAUCUUCCGGAAGUACCACAAUACUACCAUUGUCAAGGCCAACAACCGCAGCCUCUCCUACACCCUCCUCAUCUCCCUCCUCCUCUGCUUCCUUUGUUCUCUGCUUUUCAUUGGACAACCCACAAAACUGACAUGCCUCCUUCGACAAACAGCUUUUGGAAUCAUCUUCUCAGUGGCGGUUUCUUGCCUGUUGGCUAAAACUAUUAUUGUGGUUCUAGCUUUCCUAGCCACCAAGCCAGGAUCACAAAUGAGGAAAUGGCUUGGAAAACAAUUAGCUCUUUUCAUUGUGCUCUUCUGCUCCCUUAUUCAAACCCUCCUUUGUGUGAUCUGGUUAUCCAUCUCUCCUCCAUUUCCAAACACUGACACAAACUCUCUAAACAAUGAAAUCAUUCUAGAAUGCAAUGAAGGGUCUGUUGUGAUGCUUUAUUGUAUCUUGAGCUUCAUGGGUCUUUUGGCUAUCGUUAGCUUUGUUGUAGCUUUCCUAGCUAGGAAAUUGCCAGACACUUUCCAGGAAACCAAGUCCAUCACUUUCAGUAUGCUGGUCUUUUGCAGUGUCUGGUUAUCUUUUGUUCCUGCCUACGUGAGCAGCAAAGGAAAAUAUAUGGUAGCUGUAGAGAUUUUUGCCAUCUUGGCUUCCAGUGGGGCUCUAUUAGGUUGUGUCUUUGUCCCAAAAUGCUAUAUUAUUUUGUUGAGACCUGAUCUGAAUAAAAAGGAGCACUUGAUCAAAGGAGUCAAGUAAAUGCUAUUGUUUAAUUGUCUAUUUUGCCUCCUAAAAUAUUCUGUAAUGUCCACAUCUGUCACUACUAUGAGAUAAUAUAAUAAUACUCUAUGUAUUAAUUUAUCAAUUUAAUGUAUCAAUUUAAUGUGGCAAUACUCUAUGUAUAUGAGUCAUUUCAAAUAUAGGAGUACAGCAAUCAGGAAUAAAGUGACUAUU